AUGAAGCAAGUCUCCUCAUGGUCCCCCGAACUGGUUGAAAUCGAGGCUAAGGCCAAAGCUUCAUCCUAUCUGUUACUGUAUGUGUUCGAGGCGUGGAAAACACGAGCGGUAUCUAGCUUUGUCGAAGUGGCUUAUUUAGCCGCACAGAAUCGUAAUGUCGUGUUGGUCAUAACCAGACAUCCCAACAGUGAUCCCGUCGUGAUUGCAGGAGAGCACGUGCUACCUCUGGAGCAAGCUUGUCUUCAACAAGCCACUGAUUACAUGUGUGCUUUCGCUAGUCGUCUUGGACUUCCCCUGUUCUUUGAACUUUCAGAAGCUCUUGAAUAUGUAAAAACAUCUGUUUUAGAGGCGCGUUUGGGUCUGCAAAAUCUAAAAGCGAAUUUCCCCUGUCAUUCCUCAUUCCGGGAGCAUAAGUUGAAGACGUUCGAUUUUGAACAGUUUUCAAUGGCAUUCGCUUCCUACGUAUUCCAACAUUCAAAAUAUGACCUCCUCUCGCCUUCUCUGACCAGCUUGGAUGAUAAUGAGAAUCUAAUGAGUUCAGUACAUCCUAACGCUGGUUGUCUCAGACAUACACAAUCCUUGUACAUACAUCGUGGAGAUUGGUUGGAGCGAUCCCCGAGAUUGUUCACUUCUACCGGAUCGUUUGAUCAGACGGAGAAUGAGAACAAAAUCACUACCAGUCCACGCAGGCGAAGACGACUUCCUCUGUCCGCUAGCUUGAACGAUCAGCAUAAUAUCACAGCAAACAGUUCCCCCAACCGGCAGUUAAAUGCUUUCAAGUCUUGGAUUAACGGAUUUCGCAAACGGCGCGUUCUCAGUCCUACGCGGUUCUCGGAUGAACCCGAAUGCCAGGCUACAUAUGACCUGUACGUCAGUGGUCCGCUGUCGGACGGGUUUUCCGUUGUGGACCAGAAGUCACUGGCCACGUGGCAUUUUUCCGUCAAUCGGCCUUUUUCCGUUUAUUUCGCGGACGACGAAUCAAGCCUUGCCGGUAUUCCCUCCGAUUCUGUGUUAUCGACCGAUCCGGAGCAAAGAAAGCUCUGGGCUUGGACACAUAGCCGUCUGUUGUUGUACGUGAUAAACAGUCAUUCGUUCAGUUUAUCCACGAUGAUGGAAAGGGACCCAUGUAGCCGAGGAUUGAUUCAGCAUCAGAAUCGUCAUUGA